UACUUGGCUUGCAUACCUUGACCGUCAUUGCAUUACCACAUUACCUGCAAGCUAGAGCGACUUCAUUCAGAGGGCUCAAUGGAGUACACACACAGCCUCCUAAUACUAAAUAGGCCCUAGGCGCAACUCUUGUCCUCGAAGGCUUAACUCGUGAGGGGUCUACUAGGUAACAUAAAGAGUACGGAGCAGGGGCACCUCCCCAGAAAAGUCUCGCCUAAACAGGCGGGCUGCUUGUUGGGCUAUGGCGCGCCGCGAGGACGAGCUCGGACAGCCACAGGAAGAUGUGGAGGAUGCUGAGGGCUCGGACUCAGAGGAAGAGUCGGAGGGACUAAAGGAAAGGAUUGCCGUUAAAAGCAAGGGCAAGUCGCGCCGCAAGGCUUGCGAAAAGCCAGAGGGUUCUGACCAGAAACGUCAGGCGUUUUCGAAGCGCAAGCGCGGACUUAUCCUUAAGUCGUACCAGCUCUACAAGCUAACGGAUGCACGGGUAUUUGUCUUUAUAGUCAACGACAAAGGCAGCUCUUGGGCCUACGCGUCACCAGGCUUUGCCAAAACGCUGAGCAACCAGCACCUAUCGCAGAUGCGGGAGUAUGCGCAGCUGGCAGGCAACCAGCGCCUGUCCACAGAGAUUAUGCCGCACCCGCACAAUGACGCGGAGGACAGGCGCCUAGACGAUCGACCCAAUGUCCUGCGCGCAAACAUGCUGGGCGAGUCGGCGGUAGCGGGAGCAGGGACUCCAUCGCGCAUGGCGGCUGUGGCGGUAGCCGCCUCGCAGGCCGCGGAGCAGAUGGCUCCGCCGCCGCCCGUUGCGUUGCCGCCGUCGCGGCGGGGUGCUGCCGCAUCCGUGGGGCCGCUGUCGGUCCUGCAGCCGCCAUUGCAGCUGGGCGCCGCCCCGAUGGAGCUUGCGGGGCCGCGGGAUGUAGCUGCCGGGCAGGCGCAUGCACGGGGGCGACCACCCGGCAAGUUUAGCAACUUUAAGCUGGAGGAGGAGGGCUCUAUCGGCGAGGAGGCGCCGCUGGAGCUGUCGGCUCCAGGCCACUUGGCGGGCGGGGAGCCCAUCAUCACGCCCUCGGGUCGGCGCAUGGCGGCCGCCGUGGGCAUUGCGCUGGGCUCGGAGCUGCCCCUGGAGCCGGUACGGGAGGAGGAGAGGGAUCCGCCACCGGGCGGACUGCGCAGCGGCGGGGGAGGCGGCGGAGUUGACGUGGCGUUUGGGCCAGGGACGUCAUCUGACAGGGCGGCCUCUACAGCAGCAGGGCGGCCACCGCCGCUCAAGCAGGCGCGAUAUCGGGACCCCACACUGCUAAGCGGCGACCCCACGGCGCCCAGCGAGCCGCCCCCGCCGCCACCUGCACGAGGGCGCCGCGGCGACCCGCCGCCUCCACCACCCCCGCGGCGAACCACUGCACUCGACGAUCUGCACGCUGCAGCGAACGAGCAGCACCCCUUCCUUAAUGGGACGCUGCAGCAGGCAGCCUUCUCUUCGCAGCAACAUAUGCUGGCAGGGGCGCAACUGCAAGCCGCGGCGGCGGCAGCGGAGGCGUCCUUAGCGGCGGCAGCGGCGGCCGAGGAGGACCUCCGCUUAGCGCUGCCGCCGCCAGCGCUGCGUAACGGCCGUGGAGGGCUUGUCGGGUCGCAGCUGCUCCUGUCGAACCCGCCUGUGCCGCCUUCUAGGUUGCAACCUCGGAAUGAGAAGAAGUUCAUGCGUGGGCAGGUUGUCCAGGGCUCCGACGGGCAGCUGUACCGCAUUGUAGGCGAUCUGGACGAGGGGCUGGAGGAUUACGGCAUGCAGCUGCCGGAGGAGCAGCCGGUGUACGACGCAGCGGGGGCGCCUGCGCUGAUGAUGUCGAUGCUGCCCGCUAUGCAGCACCACCUGCCCCUGCAGCUGCAGCGCCAGCAGCAGCUGUUGGCGGCGGGAGUGGGGGCGGGCGGCGGAAACCGGGGCUUCGGGGUGGCUCCUGGAGGAAGGUGCUGAUCGGCCUGGAGAGGGGUGCUGGCUGCUGCGCAGCAGUGGGGAGGUGAGCGGCGGCGGCAGCGCCUUGGAAAGGGUGCUGCUGUGGCCAUGCAGAGGGGAGUGGGUCGGGGCGGAGGCGGGGCGGGUUCCUUGGGACAGCAUUGUAGAUGAGAGCCGCGCUACUGUCAUGCAGAUGGACUAAACGCAGACAGAGCGCGUUGGGUGCGCGUGAUACUUGGCCACACAUAGAGGAAAAUGACCACAUGAGACUGUGCACUCGAGACUUGCGUACGCCAUCUUGCAUGGGCUCAGCUGCCCCUGUGCGUCGCAGCCCCCAUGCUGUCUUGGCUUCCUGUUUACGGAUGGAUGGCAGAGCUCAAGUCCGCUCCGUGUAUAUGCUAUAAGCGUGAUUGGAUUAAGCUCUCAUGGGCAGGUUAGCAGACGUACGCUGCAGAUCAAUUAAAAAAGGUUAUGUUGACUGAUGUCCAUCUCUGGCGGCGGCGACAGUAGGCGACCUCCCUGCAUUGCUCUGCUGUGAGGGUCUGCUGGGCGUAACAGUGCAUAAGGUAUAAUUGCACCACUCGUCCUACUAUUAACGUUUUCUGAUUUCUUACUCUUUACUGGCAUUGGGUGUCCAUGGCAGUGCGCGGAGCUGACGUCUGCUGCAUAUGGUAAUGGCAUGUGGUGGCGUGCGAGACUUGCAAUUUCGUCUUUGUGCGUGGUGCACAACGUGUUAAGAGGCCGUGCUUCCUCCCGUGCUCACUCCAAGCGUGUCGUGUCACGUGCGAGUGGCGGUAAUACUGGGAGCGUGGGAAUGGACUGAAGACCAAUACCAGCACCGCCGUACUGCUGGGCCGCCUCCCCGCCAUCUUGAAUUUGGGCCUGGCGCGCGACUGGAGCAUGUUUUGGCAUGGCGCCUACAGAGUGAUUGUCUUUCCUGUUUCCUUAUCACCGUGUGGCACAUGGCCCCAUGGCUGUUACUCUCACUUACGGUUAUUGACGUUGGGGCUACGUAGGACUUUCCCCAACCCGUGUUUCGGAUUUUACCUGAAACCCUGGGGUUCGUGCUGAACACUGUUGCUCUGAUCCGUGAUGGUAGGACCUCAAACUUUUAUAUACACGUGGGAUUCUGUAUG